GCCUUCAACAAACACCGCGUGCGGAGUUUUCGACACCGCCCCCACCCGCCGUGGACUGCCUCCACUUCCGGCAGGAGCAACCUUCUGGACACCAGCACCCGUGAUGGCGGAGGGGGCGGAGGAGGGCGUUGGGGAGGAAGAGGCAGGAAGUAGGGAUAAGCUCCUUCCGGCGGCGGAGUCGCAGCCACCGGAACCCAAGACUCCGAAAGCCCUCCGGCAGGAAGCUCAACGGAAGUGGGAGAAGCACGUGAUUUGCCUGGCUCUCGGAGUGACGAAGACCAACUACGUAGCAGGAAGGAAGGGGAACCGGAGCCGGGGCGGGCGCCUGGCUCGGCUACUGAACAGAGGUGGCGGGGGGGGUAACGGAUCCGGGCCGAGGCCCCAGCCGGGCUCCAGAAAGAUGUUACCAACCACGUCAGUGAAUUCCCGAUUACAGGGGAAUGGUGCCUUGAAUUCCAGGGAUGCAGCAAGGCACACUGCUGGAGCAAAACGCUACAAGUAUCUUCGGAGGCUCUUCCGAUUCAGGCAGAUGGACUUUGAGUUUGCCGCCUGGCAGAUGCUCUAUCUUUUCACUUCCCCACAAAGAGUUUACAGAAACUUCCAUUACCGAAAACAAACAAAGGAUCAGUGGGCACGAGAUGAUCCUGCAUUCUUGGUGUUGCUGAGUAUCUGGCUCUGUGUGUCCACUAUAGGAUUUGGAUUUGUCCUGGAUAUGGGAUUUUUUGAAACCAUGAAGCUUCUCCUUUGGGUUGUAUUUAUAGACUGUGUGGGUGUUGGCCUUUUAAUAUCAACUCUGAUGUGGUUUAUCUCUAACAAGUACUUAGUGAAGCGACAGAGCAGGGACUAUGAUGUAGAAUGGGGAUAUGCCUUUGACGUUCAUUUGAAUGCUUUCUAUCCACUACUAGUCAUUUUGCAUUUUAUCCAGCUUUUUUUCAUUAACUAUGUUAUCAUGACAGAUACAUUUAUUGGCUACUUUGUCGGAAAUACAUUAUGGUUGAUUGCAGUUGGUUAUUAUAUCUAUGUAACAUUCCUAGGAUACAGUGCACUGCCGUUUUUGAAAAACACGGUGAUUCUUUUGUAUCCCUUUGCACCUCUCAUUCUGCUCUACGGAUUGUCGUUAGCACUGGGAUGGAACUUCACUCACACACUGUGCUCUUUCUACAAGUAUAGAGUGAAAUAAAAAAUGUAACUACUAGCUGUCAACAGUAUUGUUAAGGUGGCUGAGUUUUCUUGUAAAAAGUGUAAAUAAAUUUUAAUUGUAGAUAUCUUUAAAAAUGUAAAAUUUUUGUGAAUUUUUGGAAAUAUUUACAACUUCAUGUUGAUUUCACAGUACAUUCUUUAAAACCAUGAAAUGUACAUUUGUGUAAUAAAUAUUUUUAAACCAAAGCGUAAGCCUUUUCAGUUUUGACUAAGCAGUAAUUUUAAGUGGUUUUUUUUUUUGGAAGCAUUUUGAUUUUUACCCUUGCUUAACAGUAAUCUCCAUACUUCAGAAUUUCAAGGAUCCUUAAUUUUAUUGGUGAUCUCUAUCACAGAGUGCACAACUCUGCCUUAAUAGGCACUGGGAUCAAAAUCUUUUAAUAACCUAGUGGCUUAACCCUUGGUUUUGAGCCUUAUAAAUGUAGCGAUCUAGACCAGCCCAUGAGAAACAUUAUUUUACUUGUUUACUUCAAGUCUUUUUAGCUUAAGAAAGGCAGGUUAAGACUUGCCAGAACUUGUACUCUGCUGGUCUGGCCUUCCAGGACCCGGUUACCAGCUACGAGGCAUUAAAAUAGGCACAUAGGUGUCAUUAUCAGUAGAAGCCAAAUAUUAUUUCAUUAGGAGUUGGUGCUUUCUAACGAAUGCAGCUAAGCCCAGUAACACUUAACCAACAGCUUUGAAAUGGUCCUCCUAGCUCUGGCAGUUUGGGUGAUAUUUCAGAUCAUUUUUUUGUAUACCAGGGUAAAAUACCUACCUUGAAUACUUUAGAAUGUUUAAAUUUUAAAAGUAUUGAUUGUCAUAGCAAUAAUUCAUUAUUCUUUUUUCUGUCUAGUAAGGUGGUUAAUUCAUUUCAGCAAGGUAAUCAGCUUUUUUAAAGUCAAGAAGCCUUUUCCAAGCUCUGCCACUUACCAUGUGACCUUGGGCAAGUUAUUUAACCUCUGUGCCUCAGCUUUCUCUUCUGUAAAAUAAGAGGGUUGAACUUCUUUGAGGAAUCGUGAAGAAUAGGAAACGUACAUGGGAAAUGAGGACAGGUAAAUGUCUUGAUUUUCAAAAGGGGAACAAAAGUAGAUUCUUCAAAGUAUUUGGUGAUGAACAUGAAUUUGAUUCCUGGUAAAAUUCUCAGAUAACUUACUGUCAAAGAAUGGUUAGUAAGCACAUUACAGAAGGGGGUAAUCAUUAUGAGGCAGCAUUAUUUCAUUAACUGCAUAUGCUGCUAGACUCUUUUGCCGGUAUUACUAGACCGAUAGGUCAGAGUAAGAAAUGGUGUUGUAAUAUCUGAAUUUUAGCCAUUUUUUUCCUUAACAAAGUCCCACAUGGACAGUAUACUUGUGGACAAGAUGGAGAGAUAUGGGCAAUAGCUGAUAAUUGUGCACUAGCAGGACACAAUUUAGAGCUUAAUUGGAAAAACUGACCCAAACAGUAGUCAAACUGUAAUGAAUUCAUUGUCAUCCUGGCUGGAGGUCUCUAGUAUAGUCAUAGGGAUUUGUGUGUUUAGUAUUUUUAUCAGUGUUUUCAAUAAACAUCAAGUGUCUACUAUUUGCAAGGUAGGAUAGAGACUAGGAAUACAAAAAAGAUCAUAGAUUUAAGAGUUGGAAGGGACCUUUCAAGACCAUGGAGUCUAACAGACUUCAAUUGACAGAUGAGGAAAACAGGCUCAGCAAGAUCAAGUGGCUUGCCCUUGGCUAUAGAGUUAGUCAGGGUCUGAGGUGGGAUUUAAAAACGAGGUUUUCCAUGCUUUCAUCGUCCCCAUUCUAAAGGAGUUCAGAAAUAUACAAAGCAGUUGGAGCUAAGAGCAAAGAAUGGAUUUUAACAAAGUAAUCUUGGAAAAUUUAAGGAAGGAAAGAACAUUUGGUGGCAUACAUAUCAAAUACACAAACAACACAAAACUAGGAGGCACAGCCAAUGUGUCGGAAGACAGAAUUGGGUUCCAAAAACAUUGCCUUUUUUUGUUUUCCUACAAAGCAGCUGUUACCCAAAUUCACAUUCCCUCCUACCUCUUGCUUGGACUAUUGUUACAAGGUCUUCCUGCCACCAUUCUCUCUAAUUUAUCUCGACCUGCACAAAUAUCUAAGGCACAGAACUGAUCAUGUCAUUUCCCUGCUCAAAAACUUUUAGUGGUGCUCUAUCAUCUCUAGAAUAAAAUGCAAACUCCUUAGCCUGGAGUUCAGAGCCUAUCAGAGUCUUGCUUCCGUCUAGCUGUUCCACACUACUUGCCGUUCAUGUACUUAUAUGAACCAGCCAAAGGGGAUUACUCACUGUUCUCCAAUUUAGCAUAUAAUUUCCUACCAAUGUAUAUUAGUAUAGGUUGUUCCUCCUUCCUCAUCUCAAGGAGCAGUUCAGGCACCCCCUCCCGAGGCUAUGCCUAGUACCCCCACAUUUUACUUCUCUCUCACCUCCAAUUGCUUAGAGCUUUGCGGCUGACUUCUCUUUUGACACCCUCAUUUCCUAUUGUUAGGAUUAACCUCUUGGAAGGAAAGGAUGAAUUGGUUUUUAUUUAUAUCCCUAGUACUUAGCAUUGUGCCUUGUAAAUGGCUAGUUACUAUUUGGGUUGACUUGAAUAUUAACAAAUCGAACAGUUGAGUUUUUAAAAAUCAAUUCUAGGAUAAAGAUGUGGCUAGACAGUGACUCCUGAGAAAAAGACUGGGGAUUUUGGUGAACUACUCAAUAGGAGUUAAUUGUUCUUUGGCAGCCAAAACAACUAAUGCAUUUUUAGCUCCUUUUAUUUAAUAGAUAUGUACUGUCUGGAAUUUGGGGAAGAGAGAGAGAAGUAUGGAUGGGAUUAAUAAUUAAAAUAGGGAUUGGAUUUGUGGUCUUGGUGUCUUCUAGUUCUGAAUCUGUGAUUCUUGCUGUCAGACCACUUACUGAGGAUGGUAACUAGAUAUGGAUACAACAUUUUAGAAAGGACUUUUAUAUGCUAUAGUGCAUGUUGGAAGGAGUGGAGACUGCUGUGGGAGAACUGAAGGAACCUAUGGUGUUUAACCUGGAACAGAGAAAAUUCAAUGGGGGACAUGAUGGCCAUUUUCACAUCAGGUCAAAAGGACCUGUCAUCUAGUAUAACCCUAACCAAAUCCAGAAUCCUAGCUACAUCUACCUCAUUUUAUACACUGCAUUUAAUUAAUGAAUUUUAUGAUUACAUUAUCUGUUUUGGGCUCCAUAUCUCUAUUUGUAGCCUACUAAAACCCUCCAGGUCUUUAUUUGACAUGUUAUAUGUGUUAUAUCUGAUUCUGCUUAUGGGCAAAACUGUUAACUUCCACCAGUAAUGGCCAUCAUCAAGUCAUCUGGUUCAGGAUUGAAUGACCUGGAAGUUCAGAUGGAAUAUGAUUUCUGAAAUGAGAAUAGACAAAAAAUAUGUGUAACCUAUUGAAAUGGAAACAGGCUUCAGGAGCAACAGGACUAGAGAUUAUAGAGAACAUAAAUUCAUUUACCAUAUAUGAGCAGUGAGGUAGAGAAUGGUAAGAGUGCUAGGCUCAGAGUCAGGAAAACCUGCCUUCACAUCCUUCCUCAGACCCUUAGUAGUUUUGUGACCUUGGGCAAGACACUUAACCUCAGUUUACUCAGCUGCAAAAUGGGGAUAAUCAAACCUUCUUUAUAGAGUAUAAUGACAUUGAAAGAUGUUUAAAGCACUUUGGAAACCUUUAAGUGCAAGCCAUAAGUGAAAAAGUAAGAUUUCAUGUACAUCAAAAAUUGUCUUGACUUGCUAGGUGUGAAUAUGCUUUAGUCAAAAGUCAGAAGCAGAAGGGACCUUCAGGGUCAAUGUGGAAUAGUCUAAAGCCCACAGGAAGUCUACCUUCAUGCAUGGAGGACCAGACACUGCAAGGGGAGGCCUGGAUAAGUUGUAUAGCAAACCUGCCACUUCAUUUAAGUACCUGAAAGUCUAAAGACAACUGAAUGGCACGUUUGAAUGGACACUGAGGAACCUAUUCAUCUAAUGUUAACAAACUGAACCUAACCUGGCUUCUAAUCCCUACACAGUUGGGGCAGACACUUUUUUUUUAAACAUCAACUGUGUCAGCUACUCCUACCUGAGUAGGACUUUAAUUUCCUUAGGAAAUAAAAUCUGUUCAGUAAAGCACAUCCAUGCUUGUAAUUUUGAGUCCUAAAGACAAAAAGAUGGGUCAGCAAAUGGGGUACAAAGAACUAAGGAGACCUACUGCUGUUUACAUUUGAGUAGAUGGGAAAGAUUUAGAAUUACAUCACUUUCCUUGCCAUUUUAAAAUCUCUGUUUUCCUGUAUCUGUCUACUGGCAGGAAAAUCCUUUAAAACCAUCUGGAGAAUUGUAUGCUUGUUUCAUUAACAAAUUAGGGUAGAAUGUAUGAAUCUGUGUACCCGGAGAAGCCCAGUUGGGAGAUGGGGCUUUGGCAGUGGUGAAAGCAAACACAUAGGGCAUAUCUCUGAAAUGCUUUGACAGGAAAGUGGAUAAACCUAGGAUUGGUGUUACCUGAGAAAGUUGAACUACAGGGCUUAGUAAAAUCAAAGAACUUAAUGCUGAGGAAGCACUGCUAGAAAAUUAAGAAUUUCUGCUUAUGGGAGGUUUUGUGUUUUAUUCUUUGACACUAAAUGAGAUGAAUGAUUAUGACUGUUUUAGAAAUUAUGUAAUUGAUUAUAAAUGCAGUGUUCUGAAUCUUUAUCACACACACCCCCCCAAACAUCCAGAUUUGUAAGGGCAUAUUAUAUGUAUGUCUCCCUUUUAUGAUGUGGAUGGAAUCCAGAAAAGAUAAUUAGAAAAAAUAAUUUUGGUAAAUACUUGUGAGGUAUUAAGGUAUUAAAGCAGUGAAUGCUUUUGAUAAAAUAAAGGACCAUUCUGCAGUAUGAAUCUUUUUUUUUAAUCUUAGUUCCAUUGUGGAAAUUCAAUGGGAAAUAUAUUUCCCCAUAAAAACAAUAGUAAGUAAAUUGGUAGGUAGAUGUUUGUGUACUUAUCUAGGUUUUUGUGGACCUGUUCUGUGACUGAAACAUCUGACCAAACUAAAACAUGACCAUUUCUAUAGGAAAAAAUGUGUUUGUUUCCAGCUUGGGACUCCCAGCCAGGCCUUAUGAACUAUUCCUAUGAAAAGGAAUAUGUAAUUUAGCUGUUUAAAUUUUGGGAACUCUGUCAAUAUGUUUUUUAGUAUAAAUUUUAUUUGUGUUUCCAUCUACAUGUACAGCUAUUAAAAUAUAUUAACAAAAACACAAAAUAACAUGUAAUCUGAAACAAAAGGAAUGUAAAUUACUGUAAAUGUUUUUUAACUUAUUUUCUGAUUGUUAGUCCCACCACCCAAGAUGCAUAUGUACAUUAACUUUAGUUUAAGAAUAUACAUUCGUUCUCUUGUGAAUUCAGUUUUCUUGAAGGAAUGAACACAAAUAUUAACCAGUUAUUAUACUCACAAUAAAUAUAACAAGGAUUUUUUGAAAAAUUUGCUCAUCACCAAAGUCUAAGAUGGCAUGGUAGCAUGUAUUGAUUGACAGCCACAUCUGUUUUUAUAACUGAAAAUGGGGUAUUACAUUAAAAUAAUGCAGCAGUAUUUUGUGAUGUGAGUGACUGAAAGUGUUCUACAAGUAGAGAGGGAUCUAUUCCACAGAUGAGGAAGUGAGCCCAGAGUGAUUGUGAUAUGCCCACCCAGGGUCAAGGUAAUAGAAGAAUAAAGACUAGAACCAAAGUCUUCUGGCCUAGGCCUCUUGUCUCGAUACCUUAAGUUCCAUCUCUGCCACUUAACCACUCUGGGAUAGAAUACUUUUUGCAUCUCUUCUGUUUGUUGUGGCAGUCAAAUGAGAUUAAUGUAUGUGAUUUGUGACCAAAAAAUGCUAUGUAAUCUAUGUUUCAUAUUACAAUGUUUUAUUAGAAUGAA